ACAGGCUAAGUCGUAUGAAAGCAAUAUCAGGAAGAACAGCAUCGUCCGACACGGAGUGUCCUGCACGACGAUCAUCCCAGAGUGAAUAAAGUGAAAGGAAAGUCAAAAUAACAUUACAAAGACUUCAGUUUAAUAGCGAAGAUAUGUGCGUGUGUGUGUGUGUGUGUCACGCGAGUCACGACGGUUAAGCGAGUGAGUUUCGUCUUUUGGCACACUCCAGUUUUGCGUGUCGCCUUCCUGAUUUUCUUAGCGUCUGUCAUACGAUAGCCUAGAGAGCGGGCGUGCUGCAUUUUUUUACAUUGGGCAACAGGACUCAAUGAACUUGGCAAUAUUUAAAUAAGCUUCAUUCCUGUUCACUGAUUCACUGCGGACAAAUUUCUGACUGACUCUACAUUAGCAGAGGCUCAGAGCUGUGAUGUUGGCGUUUCUUUCAGAUCCCAGACUACCAGAGUUGUGAUGUAAAGAGUAUCUUGCAGAUCUGAGAUUUCAGACCUUUGAUGACAGAGUUGUUUGCAGAUUACAGACUUCCACACUGUGAUUCAAAGUUUCUUACAUAUUCAAGACAACCUGAGCUCUGAUGUCAGUGAUAGUGAAGGUCCUACCUGCUGCUGCUAGGUACCUGUUUGACCAGCCUUUGCAGAUUACAGUGAAGGGUCUUUCCCCUCUGCAAGAUGUCACUCUGACAGCUUCACUGAAAGAUGAAACUGGACAUCUCUUUCAGUCCUCAGCCUACUACAGGGCAGAUCAGAAGGGGGAGCUGGAUCUAUCUUGCUGUCCAGCCCUCGGUGGGAGCUACAAUGGAGUUGAGCCCAUGGGGCUGUUCUGGUCAAUGUCUACAAGCAAACAGUUUAGAAGACUGUUGAAGAAAAAUGUACAGAAUCCGUUGUGUGUGGAUAUAGACGUGCACGAUAGUCAUGGCUCCUGCAGUCAGCUGCUGACUAAAUUCUCUCAUGAAAGAUGGUUUAUGAAAGAAGGUCUGACAAGGACACCUGUGAGAGAAGGAAGGAUCAGGGCAACUCUCUUCUUGCCCCCUGGUGAUGGACCUUUCCCAGGUGUGAUUGACCUCUAUGGUGCUAUUGGGGGUCUUGUGGAGUACAGGGCAUGCUUGAUAGCUAACCAUGGCUUUGCUACAAUGGCGUUAGCAUAUUUUGACUAUGAAGAUUUACCACCAACACUAGAAUUAAUGGAACUGGAGUAUUUUGAGGAAGCAGUGCAGUAUUUACAGAGCCACCCAAAGGUGAAAAGACAUGGGAUUGGAGUUAUUGGAAUAUCCAAAGGUGCAGAUCUGUCUCUCUCCAUGGCGUCCUUUUUACCUGAAGUGAAAGCUGCCAUCAGUAUAUCAGGUUGCAUUACUCCUACAAUAUGUCCCCUGCAGUACAAAGGGUUAAUCAUUCAUCCCCUUGGAUACCGUACAGAGGGUUUGAUACAGACAGAAUCAGGAGCCUUUGAUACAGCUGAAGUAUUUAAUGAUGUGAAGGACCCAAAGUAUCAACACCACAUCAUUCCAAUGGAAAAAGCUCAAGGAAGUUUUCUCUUCCUGGCUGGUGAUGAUGACAGGUCAAUCCCAGCGGUUGAAAAUGUGGAAGAAGCCAUUAAACUCCUGCAGAAGCAUGGAAAGGUGAACUAUGAGUAUCAUAUCUACCCAGGGGCAGGGCAUUUAAUUGAGCCCCCAUACUUCCCACUAUGUCGUGCUGCAUGGAAUAAAUUAGCAGGUAGAGUUAUACUGUGGGGUGGGGAAACCAAGUCACAGUAUAUGGCACAGGAAGAUAGCUGGAAAAGUAUUUUGAACUUUUUACAGAAACAUUUGAACAGCGUAAAUAAUGUAAGAAGCCAUCUGUGACACAUUGCAUUUAACAAGUCAAAUGUAUUUUCAAAUUUUUUAGAUUUUUUGUCUUAAUGUGUUAUAUUCAUAUAUCAUAAACAUUUAAUACAAACAGUGGCAAAUGCUGCAUAUACCAUGCACACUGACACUAUUGCAUACAUAAUGAAACAUAGAACACAUAAAAAAGCAGCCUAAAUACUCCAUCCUAUUCCAUUGCACCUAGACUAGCUUGAUGUUUGAGUCCUACUUUACUCCACCCCCAUCCUGGCUAAUUAAGGGUUUGCUGACAUAGAAAUGGAUAAACAGAGCCAGAACAUAACUAAAUUACAGUUGUAGUACUUCAAGUGUCUUACAGACAAACCACCAAUUACAUUGGUUAGGUAUUUUCUUCUACAUACAUUUGAAUAACAACAGCUAGUAACCUAUUUGCAGCAGGAAAACUGUCUCAACUCUUGGACCCACUGUUUAUAUUCUAUAGGAACUAGGCAUUUCCAAUAUUUUCAGCAUACAUACUGCAUCUCCAUCUCAUAUCAGCCCUCAUAGAAACCUUCAGCUUGCACUGCAUCUCAAAACUCCAUUCCAGUGCAUAUGCAUCCACAUUAAACAAGACAUAUUAGCCCUAAAAGGGAGUUCAGCUUAAAUUUCAGCAGGUCCCAAAUGAAAAUCUUUCCAGAAGGCAGACAUUUACUGACAGAAUAAGCCUUCUUUAAUGCACUGUAUGUUCAUAUGCGUGAAGGCUGCCAGCCUAGCUAGAUAGGAUUUUGUAGAUAAUUCUGUUAGUUGUAAAUAUUAAUGUAAGCCACGUGCUUAUUCUCUUA